GAUGAAAGAUUCGGAACCAGUGCUCGAUAUUCAAAUCGCAAGGAUGUAAUAUAGAUGUUCCUUACUGGACGAACGAAGGUAUGUAAUUUUGCAGGCAAGGCCAUUUGUGGGGUUUUGGUUCAGCUUUUUAACUAAUUGAUUAUGCUUGAUGUUCUGAACUGCUAUGAAAGAACUCGAAGCUACGUUAAGCCAUUGGCAGGCUGAUAUUGUAGUUAGCUCUUCAGGGGAACUCUUGGGAAAUAUUAAAGACAGAUUUCGGAUAAUUUUGACAGUUCCUUUAAAUUGUUUUUGUCUGAAAAAAGACAAGUUGUUAUUGGACAAAUCGUAGUUGGAGUUCAGCCUGUACAAUGUAUAGGUAAUCGGAACGUGUCACCACUGGGCAGCUAGUGAAAGAAACGAACCAUCAAUUGUUACUGGAUUACAGCAUUAUCAGGUGUUCUUCGUGAGAUCUUUCAGUUGCCCAUUGCCGAAAAAAGCUACAAAACGUGUGUCAUCUCGGAUCAGAGAGAUCUAGAUUGUAGCAUCUUGUUUACAGUAAGCUUGUAGAUUCAUUCAAAAGAUUUAAGCAACAUCACAGCGUCUUAGUACCAUCAUCUACGAGUUGCCUUCUCUUAAAAGCAUCACAGCCAGGAGGCGGAAUACAGAUGGCAACUAAUGGAACGACAGAUGCGUUUCAGAAUGCUGGUGUAGGAACAAUAGAUUUGGUGGUCAUUGUUAUUUAUCUAAUUUGUUGUUUACUCUGUGGACUUUGGGCAACAUGGAGAACGCAGCGAGGAUCUGUUUCAGGAUAUUUUCUGGCCGGAAGAGAUAUGCUAUGGUUUGCUAUCGGAGCGUCGUUAUUCUCGAGUAAUAUAGGUAGUGGAAGUUUUAUUGGUUUGGCUGGUACAGGAGCUGCAAAUGGUAUAGCUGUAGCUAGUUAUGAAUUAAAUGGUUUAUUCUGCUUGCUAUUGUUAGCAUGGUUAUUUGUUCCAGUUUAUAUCUCUAGUGGGGUCUACACCCUACCAGAAUUUUUACUGAAAAGAUUUGGAGGUCAAAGGUUACAGGUGUAUAUGGCGGUUCUGUCUCUUAUUAUAUAUGUCUUCACCAAAAUAUCAGCUGAUAUGUAUGCUGGGGCUAUAUUUAUCAACCAAGCUGUACAGUGGAAUAUUUAUGUUGGUGUUCUGGUCCUGCUGGCUAUUACAGCUAUUUAUACUGUUUCCGGUGGGUUAAAAGCUGUAAUAUAUACAGAUACUCUACAGACUGUAAUCAUGGUGGGUGGAGCUCUGGUGCUCAUGGUUUUAAGUUUUACGAAAGUCGGGGGUAUUGAAACUCUGUACGAAAAAUAUAAGUACGCAAUUCCUGAUGACGUCAAUGGUACAUGUGGUAUUCCGACAGACGAAGCGUUCCAUUUAUUACGAGAUGUAAAUGCUGGUGAUCUCCCUUGGCCAGGAAAUGUAUUUGGUAUCACGAUUCUCAGCACUUGGUACUUCUGCUCCGAUCAGGUACUGGUGCAGCGAUCUCUAGCGGCAAAAAACAUGCACCAUGUAAAGGGUGGUUCCAUCAUGGCGGCUUAUUUAAAAGUUUUGCCAUUAUUUACCACAGUAUUCCCUGGCAUGAUCAGUCGAAUUUUAUUUCCAAAUCAGAUAGCUUGUGUAGAUCCUGAUAUAUGUGAAACAGUUUGUGGUAAUAGAGAGGGGUGUACCAAUAUAGCUUACCCUAAACUUGUUAUUGAGCUCAUGCCCGUAGGUUUAAAAGGGCUGAUGUUGGCGUCCAUGAUGGCGGCUCUGAUGUCUUCAUUGACCUCCGUCUUCAAUAGUUCCAGUACCAUCUUUACUAUUGAUAUCUGGAAACGAUUCCGACCAAAAUGUUCUGAUGCUGAGAUGCUGGUUGUUGGGAGAGUUUUUGUCCUGGCUCUGGUAAUCAUCAGUAUUGUCUGGAUUCCCGUUCUUCAGGCUUCACAAGGGGGACAACUCUUUAACUAUAUACAGGCUGUGACGGGGUAUUUUGCUCCACCAGUUCUCUCAUUGUAUUUAUUGGCCAUUCUGUGGCCUCGGUGUAAUGAACAGGGGGCGUUUUGGGGGUUGAUGGUUGGACUAUUGGUAGGAGUAAUAAGAAUGGCGUUAGAUUUUGGAUAUGGUGCUCCAAGAUGCGGAGAAGCCGAAUUCCGUCCCGACGUCAUUUCCAAAAUUCAUUUUUUACAUUUUACAAUUUUGUUAUUCGUCAUCAGUUUAGUAGCGACUAUAGUAAUAUCAUUGUUCACUACACCGUUAGAUCCCGAUAAUAUAAUCCGAUGUACGUGGUGGACACGCCAUGACAGUCACGCUGAAAGAACGUUGUUCCCAGAGGAAGAGAGAAGACAUAAACUGGCUGAAAUAGCAAAUGAAGAACUUCGUCAUAAACCGGUUACUGGUACGUACAUUUCUCGUAAUUUAUUUUUCCAACUGUUAAAAGAAAGAAACAAUCAUGUAAAAACUCUACCAAAAUGGCGACAGUGGGUGUAUCUGGUCUGUGGUUAUGAACCACCCCAGAUUGUCGAUAUCUCGGACGAGGAGAAGAAGGAGGCUCAAAAAUUAUUAACUUCAGUUCACGAACAUCCAAAAUGGAAAAUGUUCGUCAACCUAAAUGCUUUAGUUCUAAUGACAUUUGGGAUAUUUUUGUGGGGAUUUUUCGCUUAG